GAUACCUGCAUGUGCCUGUCUAAGUCAUGAGAACAGAUUUAAUUGAGUUGUUUGUAGUGCCCUUAACCCGCAAACAAAUCAAUUAGUCCCGAUGAACCUGACCCUGAGCUGUAUCAUGCUGUGAUAUCAGACCCGGCAUGAUUUGAUACAGGCUCAUUGCGACAGCGUUGCUCUUAGGCUUAUUGCUGCUUGCAACAACUGAUUUCUUCCCCUAUUCAUUUUCAGAUUUACAAUGGUCCACAGCGGUGAGAAAAGAAGUUCUGUGAAAGAUGGUAUUAUUGACUUUACAGCUGGCUCUCUGGGGGGUGUUGCACUGGUUUACGUUGGGCAACCUUUGGAUACAAUAAAGGUGAAAAUGCAGACAUUUCCACAGUUAUACAAAAACAUGUUUGACUGCAUGAAGCAAACAGUUGGCAAGGAAGGGUUUAUUCGAGGUCUAUAUGCUGGAACUGCUCCGGCCAUAGUAGCAAAUGUUGCUGAGAAUUCUGUGCUGUUUGCUGGAUACGGUUUAUGCCAGAAAGCUGUCGCCAAUUUGACAGCAGUCCAGAGAGUGGAAGACCUCAGUGCAGUAUCAAAUGCUACUGCUGGCUGUAUGGCUGCAUUUUUCUCCUCAUUUACUCUUUGUCCAACCGAACUCAUUAAGUGUAAGUUACAAGCUGCAAGAGAAAUGUCUAUGGCUUCAGGAGCUUCAUUGGAAAAAAUCGGUCCCCUUCGACUAACAAAACAAGUCUUGGCUGAAUCUGGCAUUAGAGGUUUAUUUGUUGGGCUUGGCUCAACCAUUGCAAGAGAAAUGCCUGGAUACUUUGUAUUUUUUGGUGGUUAUGAGUGGGCUCGAGAGAUGUUCACAAAACCUGGUGAAGCAAAAGAAAACAUUGGACCCCUAGCCACCAUGGCUGCUGGAGGCGUUGGUGGCAUGUCAUUUUGGCUUGUAACAUUUCCAGCAGAUGUCAUAAAAUCACGUAUACAGGUUUCCAGUCUUCAAGGAAAUUUAUACACCGUUGGGAAAGACAUAGUUAAAAAAGAAGGUGUGGCUGCCCUUUACAAUGGACUUCGCCCAACUCUCCUCAGGACAUUCCCAGCAACAGCUACAUUAUUCCUCACUUAUGAAUAUUCAAAGAAAAUAAUGCAUGAGCUCUUCAACAGUAAUUCAUCUGACCUAGCAAAUCCCAUUUGACAUUCUUGAAAUCUAUCCAAGCCAAAAAUGGCACUAAAACUAUUUUAGAGAUUCAAACUAUCUCUGCUUUUUUGUUUGUAGUCAGUUGCGUUCCUAUUAUUUGACUUAGCUUAUUCAUAGCUAAAAAGUCUUCCAUUUAUAUUGAUCACGUAUUUGUGUGAAUUAGAGUAAAGCUGGAGUAAACUUCAUAUUUUUUCCUUGAACCAGUCUAUGGGUACAAAUGUAUCUCUAAAUCUUUAUUGUCAUUGUAUUGACCACGUUGUUUAUUCUCGGGCUCUAAGCAUAUAUCUUAUUUUCUGUGCUCUUUUCAGUAUUUGGCCUGAACAUUAUCGUUCUAUUUUUUGAAACUUUCAAUUUCUACCUAGAUUUGAGAUGAGAUUUUGGUAUUUUGUACCAAUUUUUUGGACCACGAGAUGGAAUGCGCAUCCACUGUCAUACCUCAUCCAGUUCCAGGGGACUAAUGUACUUCUUAAGUUCAUGUAUUAUGGAAACAAAUUGGAAAAGGUAUACCGUUUAUUGACAUAUUUAUAAAAUUGUGUAUUGUGUGGCAUAAUUUUUAAAAAGUGCAGAAGUACCUGGUUUUGUUUCAUUCAACUUCAGCAUGUUGGGGGUAGUGUACGGUAUGUGGGAUGCAUCCUCUCUUAUUUGAAUUUUUCUCCAUGUUAACUUAAAAUUCUCAGGGAUCAUGUCAAUUUUUCUAGUGCUCGGAAAUGGUUUUCUGAUCUUUCCAGACAGUAGUCACCAACAUCAUCCACUAUUAUCUUCUUCCAUCUAUCUUUUAAGAAAUUCUGUACCUGUGCAAGUAAAGCUCACUAGUUAAUAAUUUUUUCUGUACCAAAGGUGAUUUUAUCUUUGAUAACAUUGGCUUCUCCAAUGCCUGUGAUAAACCCAUCUAAUCAAUGUUAAGCUUGAAAUUGGCUGCCGGAGGCACAUGCUUCACUUUUGAUUUUCCAUUGAUGAGUGCACCUUGAUUUAUUAUAAAAAAUGUAAGUAAAGUUUUGUCCUUUCAUUCAUUUGUUUGUCAAGGGCUACAAUUCAUUCAUAUUUUUUGAAAUCUAUGUAAGUAUCAAGUUGUCUUCCACAAAAAGAUUUAACCUUCUGAGGUCCUAUUGUCAUUUUCCCUUUACAAUAAUGAAAUGUAUUUGGGUCAUUGUACCUUUCUGUAAUACUUUAAUGUCUUCCAUUAAAUAUAUAAUGUACAAAUUAUUGUUGUGAUUCCAUUUAUUGUUGUAGAUAGAAUGGGGUCUUACUUGUAAACUUCUAUAGCUGGUCUUAAAUAUUGUAUGUUGUGUGCUGUUAAAUUUGUUUCACUAUUACAUUAAAAAUGGUUGAAUAAUUGAU